GAUAUCCAAGUCAAUGACUCUUAGGAGCUCAUCAAGACUUCUUAUUCUUGUUCCCAUUGUUUGUGUCCAAGGCUAGCGGAACUGUUUACGAUGUCAACUUUGGGCAAUUCAAAUAAUAUAUUUUGGCAAGAAUGUCAAGUAGAAAAGCUUGACAGGCAGAAGCUACUAAACCAAAAAGGAUGUGUUGUGUGGAUUACGGGUCUCAGUGGAUCAGGAAAAAGCACAUUAGCCUGCUCGUUAAGCAGAGAACUUCACUCAAGGGGAAAGUUGUCUUAUGUCCUUGAUGGAGAUAACCUUCGGCAUGGAUUAAACAAAGAUCUUGGUUUUAAACCAGAAGAACGUGCUGAAAAUAUACGCAGAACUGGAGAAGUAGCAAAGCUCUUUGCUGAUGCUGGUUUAAUAUGUGUUGCCAGUCUGAUAUCUCCAUAUAGAAAAGAUCGUGACAUGUGUCGUGCCAUGAUGACUGAUUCUAAUUUUAUUGAGGUCUUCAUGAACAUGCCUCUAGAACUGUGUGAGGAGCGAGAUCCAAAAGGACUUUAUAAGCUUGCUCGUGCUGGAAAGAUCAAAGGCUUUACUGGUAUUGAUGAUCCUUAUGAACCGCCCGAAAACUGUGAGAUAGAAAUAAAACAGAUAGAUGGAGUUUGCCCACUACCUACUGCCAUGGCUGGACAAGUAGUUUCUUAUUUGGAAGGGAAAGGAUUUCUUGCAUCCUAGGAACUUGAUAGCCUUCAUCUCUUGGAUGAUCCUCCGCAAUAUAAGUUAGAUUCAGAAUCUGCUUAGCACGUGCUUGCCAUGGCCAGUCUCACGCUGAAGCUUCUGACAGAUGAAUAAGCCAUAUGGGCCCGGCCCUAUAAGUUGUUUAUUUUUGUAAGCAGACAAACUCGAAUGUAUAUUUGUAUCAUUUUUCUUAAGAAUUGUUUGGGAAUUGGGAUUACCUAUAUUUUAGUACCCCACAAGCCUUUACUAUUA